GACGCGCGCGCGUUCCCUCCGACGCCGAGCCUCCAUUUGUGAGCAAGCCGAACGAUGCAAGCUCUCGCUCCUGCUGCCGCCGCCCAGUAACGAGAACCACUGAGAACCUAGAGAGUUCCCCGUUUACUUGACAAACCCAGGACCGUACCGAAAUUUCGCAGACAACCCCCAGAGAGGGAGAGAGAGAGAGAGAGAGAUACACAAGCUCUCAUUUCCGAUUUGUUCUCUCACACCGUCGCUCGCGGGAUUUAAUGCUCUAGCUGUAGUCGCCGAGAGAGAGAGAGAGAGAGAGAGAGAGAGAGAGAGACAGCCUAGGAGAGGGACAGGGAAGAAGAGGUAGCCUUUCGAAGGGGGAAAAACGGAUUGCUCGCUAUUUCCGCCGCACCUUUUCACUAUUUUGGACGCGAAGAGCCGAGGUUGGUCUAGUCAUGGGAUGUACACUGAGCGCCGAGGAGAGAGCGGCUUUGGACAGGAGCAAAGCGAUCGAGAAGAACCUGAAGGAGGACGGAAUCACUGCGGCCAAGGAUGUGAAACUGCUCCUGCUAGGGGCUGGCGAGUCCGGGAAAAGCACCAUCGUCAAACAGAUGAAGAUUAUCCAUGAAGAUGGCUUCUCUGGAGAUGACGUGAAGCAGUAUAAGCCUGUGGUGUAUAGCAACACUAUCCAAUCCUUGGCUGCUAUUGUCCGUGCCAUGGACACCCUCGGCCUAGAGUAUGGGGACAAGGAGCGCAAAGCUGAUGCAAAGAUGGUGUGUGAUGUUGUGAGUCGCAUGGAGGACACUGAGCCCUACUCUCCUGAGCUCCUGACCGCCAUGAUGCGCCUGUGGGCUGAUUCAGGCAUUCAGGAGUGCUUCAGCCGCGCCCGUGAGUACCAGCUCAACGACUCAGCCCAAUAUUACCUAGAUAGUUUAGAUAGGAUUGGUGCUGCAGACUACCAGCCCACAGAGCAGGACAUUCUGAGAACCCGAGUGAAGACCACUGGAAUCGUCGAGACCCACUUCACCUUCAAGAACCUGCAUUUCAGGCUGUUUGAUGUGGGAGGUCAAAGGUCAGAAAGGAAGAAGUGGAUCCAUUGCUUUGAGGAUGUGACUGCCAUCAUCUUCUGCGUGGCUUUAAGUGGUUAUGACCAGGUGCUGCAUGAAGACGAGACCACGAACCGCAUGCAUGAGUCCUUGAAGCUGUUUGACAGCAUCUGCAACAACAAAUGGUUCACAAACACCUCCAUCAUUCUUUUCCUUAACAAGAAGGACAUAUUUGAGGAGAAAAUAAAGAAAUCACCCUUAACUAUCUGCUUCCCUGAGUACACAGGGCCGAACACGUUCCUGGAGGCGGUGUCUUACAUCCAGUCGCAGUAUGAAAGCAAGAACAAGUCCUUCAAUAAGGAGGUGUAUGCACACAUCACCUGCGCCACUGACACCAACAAUAUCCAGUUUGUCUUCGACGCUGUCACUGAUGUCAUCAUCGCCAACAACCUGCGUUUCUGUGGUCUUUACUGAGCCUCAGGCCUGUUCUCAGAUCAGUUAUAUGCCCUUGUUUUGUUCUCUAUGUCUAGCUCUCCAGUGGUGGACAACAGAAUGAAAUCUAACCAAAGAGCAUCCUUCCUCUACAGUCACAAACAAGGGGAUAAGCUCAGUUUAAAGAUUAAGACCCAGCUAUUAAUUCAGACACAGUGUGUUGUGAAUUCUCACAUCUCAUUUUCUUACAUAAUGUUUAUUAAAUGUUUUAACAAGCUGGCACAGGGAAGAGAUAAAAUUGAAUUAAUUUAAAUACCUGACUAUCUUUAUCCUGUAAAUGUUGCCUUUUCUGUCCCUGUAGUUAUUUAAUUUUAGAAUGAUGUCCAUUAAUAUUCAAAGGCCAAGUUAAUUAAGUAAAACAUGGACAAAUAAUCAGUAAAAUCUUGCUGUCUUGAACUAUUUUUCUUUGGCUAUUUUUGAAACACAAAGCUUAAAUGCCUUAAAUAGGCAUUAUUGCUGUACUGCAUGUAUAUUACAGUCUUUCAAGACUGUCUCAUAUUUACAGUACCAUAGGUAACAUUUUUAUAUAUUGUCAAGACUUGAAUUUUGAUUAAACUCAUUAACUAAAUGGCUUUAAAAGAUGCAUUGAGUAUCUCUAUUGCAGGAAUAUUGCUGUCUCACAUUAUCAAAAAUUAUUUAAAAAAAAAAAAAAAAAAAACACCUCGAAUGGUUAUGGUUACACUAUCAGUUUACACUAUAACUGUUUUUCUGGUUUAUUGUAUUAUUGCAUUCAAGGUCUAAACUCUAAAAAUACAAGGUUUUAUUUCUAGCAUGGGACGAAAAAAAACAUUCAUUUGUUCAUGGUGUAUAUAGUCAAAACUGUAAUGACACAUUGAUUUAUUCAGCAGAUCACAGAUAUUAACAGAAACUGAAGAUUAAUUAGGAAUGAUCAAACCACUUUUUAUUGUCCGGUGUUGUGCUUUAAGCUUAUGCAUCCAAAGCAGCCAAUGCAUUGGCCGUAUGUCAUUCUGUACAGUUUAAUCAUAGUGGCAGAAUUGCUCAGCUAAUACGCCUCAGGUUGUUUGCUGUUAAUUUUGGCCCUUGUCUGUAAUUUAGCGUGCUGAAAGCCUCCAAUCAAUCUCUCUUUUUGAACCCCCCUCUUCCAAAUCUGGAUUUGCGGGGGCUGCUUUAAGAAAGUGGAAUACUGAAUCAGAAGACACUCUGCACAUACAGGACUUCUGUACCUAUUAUCUGCAUGGAUGUGUGUCAAGAUAGGUAGCUGUUUCACUUAUGGAUGGCCUCAGAGCUAUAUUUACCAUAGAUGUUAGGUGUCCUAAUUUUCCCAUUACUCCUUGAUUGUACAGCACCACUGGGAGUAUCAUCACUGGGUCACCUUAUGGAACUCGACAGUUGCAUUUGUAAGCCUUUAGUAGACAUUUGUUCCUCAUGCUGGAAACUCUAUAACCAAAACGGCAGCAUACCCGGUUAGUUGCACUGCUGUGUUUCUGAGUAACCAAAUUUGGUGCAGAAAGUACUACAGUGGGGUUGAAAUUGUGCUUUUUAUUAGAGCCAAUUAUUUCCCCCCGAUUAAGGGAGCAGUCUUUUAGUGAGCUGAAGUUUCAUGAUAGAGCGUUCAGCUGGUGAUGACGCAAGCUUCUCCUGCUGCUGUUCAAGUACACAUGAGUGUGAGUGUGUGUGUGUGUGUGUGUGUGUGUGUGUGUGUGUGUAUAUAAACAUCAGCUUGGUGACAGAUGAGCACUGCAUACUGAAUCAGUGAUCUCUCAGCAUCUCAGCUGGAAGGUGAUUAUGUAUCUUGUAGCAAACACAAAACAAACUCUCCACCUUCUUAUCCAAUCAAAAUGAAGAGCCUUUUCAUGUUGUCACAGACCUUCUCCCAGCUCUUCAUUUCUCUUGUUUCAUUUUUCUCCACUGCAUGUCCAAAGAUGCUUAAUGAGCAUGGCCCUUAAAAGUAGUCUUUCUGCCAGAGUUGUGAUCCAUAAGCUUUGUCCUGCUGGUUAGUUGAAUGAUAGGCAUCAGCUUGCAUGACCAAGGUGCUGUGUUGGUCCAGAGACUUAUGGGAAAUGAAGUUUUUGGCCACGUAAAGAGAUUUGUGGGUAAUUCAAUCAGUGCACAUUGAGUGACUAAUGGCUGAUUGUUCCUGUGGUUUUAUAUGGGAUACAACAACUGGUCCUGUGGCCAGACUGCUGUCAGCAUGGGCUCUGAUGUAUGAUUGGAUAGAAAUAAUCCAUUUGACAUCACAUUACCUGCUGGACUGAGUUUUAUGGCCAAUGGAAAAAAAGAGAAUGUUGAAAGAGGACUGUAAAAAACAAAAAAGUCAGUAAGCAGUGUACUGUUUUUUUGUUGUUUCAUAUUUGUUUUAAAGGUGUUUCAAUAUCUUUCACAUAACGAUCUUUUUUUCUGAUUCAUUCAGUGCUAGCGGCAUUAACACUACCAUUAAUUGAUCUUUAGCCAACACAUGAUUAGUUAUAAAACAGGACAGUUGGAUGGUGGUUUUAAAUAAAGCCAUCCAUGAUUGGAAGAAUCUGGACUGGAGAAGCAAUUUUAUUAUAGUUAUAAGUGCCAAGUGCUGGGUGCUGGUUUAUAGUGCCAUCUGUUCACACUUUCAUUGCAAACCACCUAGAUGUAGUGUAUUCCCCUGAUAUCUGAUCACAGCCUCACUGUGUCUCUGUACAUUUUGUCUAUCUGCUGUAGUUGUGUCAUUCACUGCUCUUGAUUAUUUAUUCAACAUUGGAUGUGUAUUUGUGUGUAUUGUAUGUAUUUAUAUGAAAUGAAUAAAGUGCCACUUAAAAUUGA